AUGGCCUCGCACACCUACAAGUUCGACGUCAAGAUGACCUGUGGCGGUUGCUCGGGUGCCGUCGAUAGGGCGUUGAAGAAGGCGAAGGCGGACGGUCAAGAAAUCGACUCGUGGGACAUUAGCCUUGAGAAGCAGGAAGUCAUCGUGAAGGGUGCGGUCCCGUACGACACCGUCCUCGAGAAAAUCAAGAAGACGGGCAAGGAGGUUCGCUCGGGAGAGACCGUCGAGUAA